UUCGCUCUGUGUCCGGGCUUAAAGCCUUUUUAAAGCCAGCCAGAGUGCCUUUUGUCUGUUGAUACGAUCAGGGGGACUGAAGGAAGUGAAGGAGCACGAGAGUUUUUCUGUCAACCUCUGUGCUGCCUCUGCUGCUGCUUUCAAGGAGACUUGGACAGGGCUGUCUGUUUCUCUCUAUUCUGCUGUGCUCCAGGCCGUUCACCAUGAAGGGCACAGGGAUUAGAAGAUGUCUGGAGAUGGUUUUGGAGCCACGGGCAGCGAUGCCCAGCAAACACUGCAGUCCUUCUGGCCUCGUGUCAUGGAGGAGAUCAGGAACUUGACUGUGAAGGAUUUCCGUGUGCAGGAGUUGCCUUUAGCCCGAAUCAAGAAAAUCAUGAAGUUGGAUGAGGAUGUGAAGAUGAUCAGUGCAGAAGCUCCGGUCCUGUUUGCCAAAGCAGCUCAGAUCUUCAUCACAGAGCUCACCCUCAGGGCGUGGAUCCACACUGAGGACAACAAGCGACGCACACUACAGAGGAAUGACAUUGCCAUGGCAAUAACAAAGUUCGACCAGUUUGACUUCCUGAUUGACAUCGUGCCCCGGGACGACCUGAAGCCUCCCAAACGACAGGAGGAGAUGCGUCAGUCUGUAGCUCCAGCAGAGCCAGUGCAGUACUACUUCACCUUGGCCCAGCAGCCCGGAGCCGUGCAGGUGCAGGGCGCACAGCAGGGCCAGCAACCUGCUGCGCAGACAGCGGCUACCAUCCAGCCCGGACAGAUCAUCAUCGCACAGCCGCAACAGGGACAGAUGUUGCAAGGUGCCACCAUGCAGCAGUUACAGCAGGUGCAGGUGCAAUCACAGGGCACGCCCAUCACGAGUGCACCUGUCGCCAUGCAGGUGGGUGAAGGCCAGCAGGUGCAGAUUGUCCAGGCUGCCACAGCCCAGGGUCAGGCUCAGACAGCUCAAGCCCAAGGCCAGACCAUGCAGGUCAUGCAGCAGAUCAUCACCAACACUGGAGAGAUCCAGCAAAUCCCAGUACAACUAAAUACGGGACAGCUGCAAUACAUCCGCCUAGCCCAGCCCGUCUCUGGAGCACAAGUGGUCCAGGGGCAGAUUCAGACUCUUGCAAACACCCAGCAGAUCACACAGACAGAAGUACAACAAGGACAGCAGCAAUUCGGCCAGUUUACUGAUGGCCAGCAAUUGUAUCAGAUACAGCAGGUGACAAUGCCAGCAGGACAGGAGCUGACCCAGCCAAUGUUCAUCCAGUCUACCAACCAGACAACUGACACACAGGUCACGCAGGUCAGCACUGAAUGAGCCCUGCCAGGAGACUUUCUCCUCUCACACAUACAGCACGCACACCAGCCCGCGCGAUGCAGACGGAUGCCAUCAACUUUGACAAAAAGGACUCUCAAUAAUUCAUUUUAAGCACGGCUCAUUGCAACGAGGGACCUGAAAUCUUGUAACACUCAUUUUUUGUAAUAAAUUUACUACACUGGAUCAAAAACCAAAGGGACGCUGAUUGACUCUUUCACAAUCAUACGUUAUAAUCAUCCAAUCUUAGACAUGGUGUACCUUUUUGUACUUGUGUCACCCUUAUUGAAUGGAUGACUUUACGUUGUGCAUCCACUUCCACAGUCCCUGACAACAGUCUUUGCACAGACUAAAUUUAUUCUUCUUCCUGUCAUUUCCAACCUUUUACAGAUUUUUAGACUAUAAAGUGUUGAUGUUUUUCCCCCGACACCUUACUCUUCAUUUGGAAAUGAAUUUGGAAAAUGUCCGUCUUUGUCUACAGAAGCUGCUCUAGGUUUAGGGUAGCCAUGGGAAGUUUUUUUUUUUUUAUUAUUAUUAUUAUUAUUAUUAUUAUUAUUAAUAAUAAUAAAAACCCUACCUUACUCAUUGUUUGUCAUGUAGUUGGAUAAAAGUAAACCAUAUACCUCAGAUAUCACUUUAUACACCAAGUCAAUCUAAGGGAUAGUGAAGAGGUUGAGGUUUAAGGAUAUUUUCAUGUAGUUUGUUGUGUUUUCCAUAAUGAUGAUGACGCAUGACUUUACGUUGUAAGGGCUUCAAACUGUACAGGCUAUUUGUAAAUGUGAUGAAAGGCGGGGUGUGUUUGCGAUGGAAGCACACGCACAUUCAUCCUUACUCUUCUGAUUAUCUCCCCCCCCCCCCCCCCCCCCCCCCCCCAAAAAAAAAAAAAAAAAAAUCCCUUUGUCCUUAGAGUGGGGAAACUUUUUUCUGCCUCUAUGCAGUUUCACACAGCCCUCUCGGCUUGGGUGGUUUUUGAGUCUCGAGUCUUGUGCCCUGGUUUAAGUCUCAUGUACAAACACAUGACUCCGUCUGGAGGGGGAAAAGCACCCUUUUUAUAGAACUCUCCUU